AAUAGGCUCGAAGGGGCUUUACUAGAGAGCAUUGCUAGUUCAAAACUACUGCACGAACUCAAAUUGUUUAACAACAAACUCAGUGGGUCUUUGCCAAGUCAACUUGGUGAAAACUCGCCAUUGCAACUCCUGGAUUUAUCUUAUAAUCAAUUUUCUGGUAUAAUUCUUGAGAAUUUGUGUGCAAAGGGAAAGUUAGAGGAUCUUGUUCUGAUGUACAAUUCAUUUUCCAGUGAAAUUUCGGUGAGUCUGGGGAAAUGCAAAAGCCUUCUCCGGGUCAGACUGAAGCACAACGGGUUAACAGGUGGAGUCCCAGACAACUUUUGGGGGCUGCACAGAGUAUAUUUGCUUGAGCUCAAUGAGAAUUUGCUUAAUGAGAUUGGAUUGCUGGGCAAUCUGGUGGUGUUCUCUGGGAGUGGUAAUAGUUUCACAGGUCGGAUUUCGGCUUCCAUGGUGAAAUUGAGGCAGUUGGAUAGACUUGAUCUUAGUAAAAAUGAGCUCACUGGGGGUAUUCCUGAAGGAAUUUGUAAGUGGGUAAAUUUGAAUGAGCUAAAUUUGGCUAACAAUAGGUUAUCUGGUAGAAUUCCCAGUGAAAUAAGUAGCUUGCCUGUACUUAAUUAUCUUGAUCUUUCUAGGAAUUUAUUUUCUGGGAAAGUGCCUAUUGAGUUGCAGAAUUUGAAGCUCAAUUUGCUUAAUUUGUCGAAUAACCAGCUUUCUGGAGAGCUCCCUCCUUUUUAUGCUAACAAAAUAUACAGCAAGAGCUUCCUGGGCAACCCGGGAUUGUGUGGUGAUAUAGCUGGUCUUUGUCCAGAUACUGGUGAAUCUAAGAAUCAACAGUAUCUAUGGAUUCUUUGAUCAAUUUUUAUACUUGCUAGUGUGGUUUUUGUUGUGGACUGUUAGAAGUUAACGGAAGGAUGGUGCCGGUGUUAACAGAGGGGGUGAUUUGCCACUGCAAGUGAGUUGAGGGGGUGAUUUGCGCGUGAAGUGGGUUGAGGGGGUGAUUUGCCACUAUUUAUUGAGUUGAGGGGAUGAUAUGCACCUUUUGCCUUGUCCUUAAUACCUGUGCGGGGGUGAACUAUAAUAUUUGCAUAUAAUAAAAGAAAAAGUAUUUU